AUGGAAGCUGAGCUGUCGUUUUUCCAAUUUGAUCCCGCUAGUCUGAUUCUCUGUGUUCUGUGCAUCUCGCUAUUGGAUUACUUUUUUAAUAAUUGGAAUGAGCCUGUGGAACAUCAAGUCUUCCCGACAUUAAAUCCUUCUUCUUCAAUCAAGAUGCACCGUACGGAUGGCGAAACACCUUUGGCCAGAGAUACCAACGGCUUAAGACACCUGCAACUGCGGCACCGUGAGAGACUAUUGUCUGGCGUGAAAAGAAGGCUGGAUGAACAAUUCUGA